AUGGCAGCCUUGAGGGCGUCUUUGCAUCGUCCAAACGAUAUUGAUUGGACUAGCUCAGAUUACUGUACUUGGACUGAACUGGAUUGUGACAAUAACAGCCGCGUCACAGGCAUACGGCUCUCCAACAAAGGAUUCGCAGGAAGCCUACCUCCGGAGUUAGUUAACCUGACAGCUCUGCAAGUUUUCGAGAUAACGGGCAAUCAGAUUUCUGGAAUCAUUCCUACAGGGUUUACUGAGCUGCAGUCUCUGCAAGUGGUUUCUCUCUCCAGUAAUUUGCUUCAGGGACCAACGCCAAACUUUAACUCGAUGGUUCGAGUUGAGAUGAGUCUAGGCACGAACACUUUUUGUUUAGAUUCUCCUGGCUCUCCAUGUGACCCCGUCGUUCAGACUCUCCUUUCUAUUGCUGGGGGAUUUAACUAUCCCCUAGAAUUUGCAAAGAGCUGGAAAGGGAACAACCCAUGUCGGGAUUGGUUUGGCAUAACCUGUAAAGAGGGUCGAAUCGUUGCUUUCGGCGUGCCAUUCAGACAACUACCAGGUAGUAUCUCUCCAGGGUUUGGAGACCUCGACUCUCUUCUGUUGAUUGACCUGUCGUAUAACCAUUUGGCUGGUACUAUUCCCGUUGAGAUAACCAAGUUGAAGGAACUCAGACUCCUGGACGUUUCCUACAAUCAGCUUCACGGAAAGCUCCCAGAAUUCAAGAUAAAAAACGGGAAGCCAGUGAUAAAUACUAAAGGAAAUUUGGAGAUUGGGACUGACAUCAGUCCGGGGGCUCAUUCACGUAAGGGAAACAAGAAUAUCAAAAUCCUCGUGGGAAGUUUGACUGCGAGUUUGGUUAUCGUGUUGCUGGUUGUCGCGGGGUUCAUUGUUUAUCUGGUUUAUAAAAUGAAGAAGGAUCUCAUGCAGUCUUCUGAGCACAUCGAGAUCGACAUGGCUGAGCAAAACGAGAUCGAGAUGCUUGAGCACAACGAGAUCGAGAUGCGUGAGCACCACGAGAUCACUAUGGCUGAGCACAAUGAGAUCAUCGAGAACAAAGCAAUCCCAAUGCAGAUUCUCAGAGUUGCAACAAACAACUUUGGAGUUGAGAAUUUACUCGGAGGAGGCGGGUUUGGAUCUGUAUACAGAGGUACACUGCAAGAUGGAAGGGAUAUUGCUGUUAAGAAGAUGGACCAAGCGGAUUUUGCCGGUAAAGGCCUCAAAGAAUUUGAAUCCGAGGUCACUGUUCUAACCAAGGUUCAUCACCGCAACCUAGUGUCUCUUUAUGGGUAUUCCAUUGAAGGAAACGAUAGGCUAGUAGUCUAUCAGUACAUGCCCCAAGGCACAUUGAGCAAACAUCUGUUUCACUGGAGUGACCACAGUUUGAGACCACUCGACUGGACUACACGCCUCAAUAUUGCGUUGGAUGUCGCUCGAGCAGUAGAGUAUCUCCAUACGCUGGCUCUCCAGAGCCAAAGCUACAUCCAUAGGGACUUGAAACCGCCGAACAUUCUUCUCGGGGAUGAUUUACGAGCCAAAGUAUCUGACUUUGGAUUAGUGACUGCUACUGAAGAAGACAGGGAAUCAGUCAAGACCAAGUGUCGUGGGACACCCGGUUACAUGGCACCCGAAUAUUGUAUAGUUAUCUUAUUCCUCUGUCAAUUAUCUAUAUUUGAUUGUGUAAUUUAUUUUGGAAACUAA